CUCGUCGUGGUGUCGUUCGAACCACCGUCAUGGAGGGCAUUGGCGACACUCUGCCGCGCCGGACGCCACCGCCACGGCCAGCCAAUCAUCCGAAGGAAACGCUUUUGCGUAUCUUAAAGCACGCGAAGUCGUCCGCCGACCCGUCGGCCCAAGGCUUGCUCUCAGUGGAAUCACCCCGCCCACGCGUGACCUCGAGCGCUGUAAAACACCAUCGUAGCCACACUCCGCUGAAACUCGUCCAGGUCCCCCUAUCAUCUAGCACGACGACGGCAACACCGCAGCACAGGCAGCUGUUUCAUCGGCAGCAAAAACACAAGCCAGCCAUGAUCCAAAUCAACCCGGUAGUUCUGUCAGAGGAAAGCAGCAGCGACUCGUCCGCGAACGAGACCACGAUGCUCCACCGUCGCUUGCUGCAUGCUGCGACUGCAGCCACCCGCCACUAUCAAGACCGGCGGGGCACAGCGACAGACGCCCCCCCACGAGUCAUCGCGGUGCCGUUUCGACACAGCAUCCAAGUGCCUUCGUUCAGGAACCACUGCUUUCCUCGCUAAGCCUCUACUACCGGCAGUUGCUCCAUGGUGCACUCGGUCACUUCGUAGCCGACGUCGCCAUCGUUUUCGUCGGCAUCGCGGUGCCCAAUCGUCAGCACAGCGUAGUGACCCGCGUCCAGCCACCCUGUCGUCGUGCCACGUCAAUGUCUUGUAGUUUGCGUACGGCGCGUACCUGGGUUUAAGACCAACUGGCCUUUCUCUAUCCAUUCCAUAGACCCUUCUUUAGACGAUGCAUGAGGGGCAAUACGACAACACCACGGCAGUCGCGCCAAUUUCGCAUACACGUUGCUCUUCCAGUCGUCGUAGUCGUCUGCGGCGGCAUAUUCCGUGCGGACUUCGAACGCGUGAUGCUCGUCCUGGGACCCUUCCACAAUUAGGUGCAUCGGUCGAGACGCAUGCACUUCGUCUGGAUGGAGGUCGUCAAUGUCGGCCGUGAGCGACACCUUGACCUUGUCGCAAUUGACCGAAUACGGCGUCAACCGUGGAGACUUCGUGAGCUCAUGGAUACGUUUGGUGGAUGGAGGGUCGUGCGGUCCAGGAAUGUAGAUGACGCGACAGACGAUCAUCUCCAGUCGUGAUAACACCGCCGUCAUAUCGCCUUCCGCUGCUGCGACACACGCUUCGGAGGGCGUCACUGUCGACACGUACGGUAAGACGAAGUCCCCGCAUACGAAGACCACGUCAACAGCAUGGCACCGAAUGAUGUGGUCACACAGCCGAUUAACCAUGUCGAUGUUGCCGUGGAUGUUGGACAGCACGAGGACAUUCAGCCGCCUCGCUGAGUCAUCAGCGAAAUCCAUCGCUUCCACCAUGGUAUGGUGUGUCGCCUUUCG